CCCCACUCCACUUCAUCCAUCACACCCACCACGCUUUUCAUUCUCUUCUCACUUCUCUCACUCAAACUCUCUCUCUCUCAAAACCAUGAAACAGUUGAUACGCAAGUUCUCCCGAGUCGCCGACUCACCCAAGUACACGCUCCUCCGAUCAGAGUCACGGCGGAGGAGGCGCGUCCCGGAAGGCCAUGUGCCGGUGUACGUCGGCGAUGAGAUGGAACGGUUCGUGGUGAGUGCGGACCUCCUCAACCACCCGGUCUUCAUCAACCUUCUCAACCGGUCCGCCCAGGAAUACGGUUACGAACAGAAAGGCGGCCUCCGAAUCCCCUGCCACGUCGUCGCCUUCCAACGAGUUCUUGAAGCGAUCCGACUCGGUCUUGACUCGGACAACCAGUUCAUUCAUGAGAUCCAUUUGUAACUUUUUGUUGUUUAAUUUCCCCUUCUUUUUGGAUUUGUGUAAAUACAUAUAUAUAAAGUUCAUAAUACUCUUUGCUA